CAUUUCCCGGCAUGUCGUGGGGGAUGGAAUUUGGGAGGACUCCCGCGCCUCAGUUUCCCUGACUUCUAGUCGGUCUGGUCCCAUCCUGAAGAGGAUGGAGGUGGCCAGCGGCCCUGCAGCUCCGGAACCCGGCGAGAUCCGGGCUCUAAAGCAGUGUUUGCUGCGCCGCAACAAAAGCCGGGAGCAGCACGGCGUGGCGGCCUCUUGCCUCAAGGAGCUGAGGAACAAGGCUUGUGACAUUCUGGCCAUUGAUAAGUCCCUGGCACCAAUAACCCUGGUCCUAGCAGAGGAUGGCACCAUAGUGGAUGAUGAUGAUUACUUCCUGUGUCUUCCUGCCAAUACUAAGUUUGUGGUAUUGGCUGGGAAUGAGAAGUGGACACACAAUUCAGAUGGAGGUACCGCUUGGAUUACCCAAGAGUCCUUCGACAGAGAUGAAACAGACAGCGGGGCAGGGUUGAAGUGGAAAAAUGUGGCCAGGCAGCUGAAGGAAGACCUAUCCAGCAUCAUCCUGCUGUCCGAGGAGGAGCUCCAGAUGCUCAUUGAUGUCCCGUGUUCGGAGCUGGCUGAGGAACUCGGCCAAAGUCAUGUGGCAGUCCAGGGGCUCCAGAACACCCUCCAGCAGGUGCUUGACCAGAGAGAGGAAGCCCGUCAGUCCAGGCAGCUCCUGGAACUUUACCUUCGGGCUUUGGAGAAGGAAGGUGGCAUCUUGUCAAAGCAGCAAGAGUCCAGAGCUGACCUUGGGGACGAGAGGGAUGCUGUUGACGCAGGCAUUAGAGAGAGCUCCUCCAAAGUUACGCCUGCGAGCCAGAUCCUCUUGGCGCUAAAGGAGAAACCUGCCCCAGAGCUGAGUUUGUCUAGUCAGGAUCUGGAGUUGGUUGCCAAGGAGGACCCUAAAGCACUGGCUGUUGCUUUGAACUGGGACAUAAAGAAGACUGAAGCCGUUCAACAGGCCUGUAAUCAGGAACUUAGCCUACGCCUCCAGCAGGUGCAGAGCUUGCGUUCUCUGAGGAGCAUUUCAGCAAGGAUGAGUUCACUGCCUGGAGACGUGGAGAACCCCAAACGAACCAGACGAGACCCCAUGUAGCUGGUGGCCAGCAACAUGCCAAAGAAAACCUUGGGUUUUGUGUCAGUGUCAGUUAAUACCUUUAGCCUGAUCCUUACAGCUACUUACAUACUCCUCCGCCCCCUGCCUUUCAGAAUGUUCUCCUGGAACAGACUGGAAGACAGGCUUCGGGUCUUCUUCAGAAAAGCCAUUCCAGCUUUCUUUACAUAUUGACCCGUAAGGCUGCACCAGCUCCUCUAAUUGCAAGUUCGUAUGUUCUCUGUGUAAUAGUAGUUGUGAAGGGCAUGGAAAAGAAGCUGUCAUGUGUCAGACCAACUAUUCUUUUUUUUUUUCUUUUCCUUCUACAUCAGACAAAUGGUAUAUCUCUUUCAUGAUAUAAUCUAUGCAACCAUCAUA